AUGCCCAAAAAAACAAAAAAAGGUCUCUAUUACCGCUCCAGAAACAACUCGGAUACACAUUGCAAGAGUAUAUCCAAGUCGGCGUCGCCCUCCAUUACCACCACCCCCAAGGUCUCUCCACGCAACUCUUUCGCUUUUGAUGAGACUAAAAAGACUCUACACUCUUGCCAUUGCCAUCACUUCCAUCAUGAAAGUAGCAACGACAAUGACCAUGAUCCACAUCUUCAUUCAUCCAAAGAAAGAAGCAAGAAACACUAUAUUAAGGACCUCGAUAAUAGAAUUAUCCAUCGUGAUAUUGCAGAUAUUCUGAGUCGCCAAUCAUUCUUAAUCAUGAUGGCAAAAUCCCUCAUUCUGUAUGGCGCACCUUCUCAUCGAAUCGAAGAAACUUGUGUGCUCUUGGCAAGGAAAAUGAGUGUUGAUGCAUCGUUCGCACUCCUACCUGGAAGUAUGACUGUGUCAUUUAGUGACCCAGAGACUCAUACAAGUGACACUCGACAUUUAAAGUGCAACCAAGGCAUGGAUAUGAACAAGCUAGCGGAGGUCCAUCGGAUCGCACUUGCGGUCCUUAAAGAUCAUAUGCCAAUUGAAAAAGCCAAUCGUGAUUUAGAACAGCUGACAUCAGAACCGGGGAUGUAUCCAUUGUGGUUGACAUUGUUGGGGUGGAUGGGAUCUUCAGCAUUUGUAGCGCCCCUUGCGUUUAAUGGAGGUGGUUGGGAUAUGCUCUUGGCAGGAUGUUGUGGAUUAAUGGUAGGGAUGUUGGCUGUCGUGGCUUCCAAAUUCCCAGUCUAUGGAAAUGUCUUUGAGAUGACUUCCAGUAUCUUGGUGGGAUUUGUGGCCAAGGCCUUUGGGGACCGGGUCUGUUUCUCUGCUGUGGCGCUGGCAGGAAUAGUGGUAUUAUUACCUGGACUGGUCCUAACGCAAGCCAUCAUGGAAUUAUCGUCCAGGAAUAUUGUCUCUGGAGCAGUGAGGAUGUUUUAUGCACUCAUGUACGCUUUCUUUCUUGGGUUUGGACUCUCCAUUGGUGCAGAACUGUGGGAUUAUGUAAGCCUGACCACUGUUUCAGUAUGUCAAAAUCCAAUUGAUCGAUGGUGGUAUUUCUUGAUUUACCCAGCAGUCUCUGCAUCCAUCAAUAUUGUGUUCAAUGCUCAUCCUCGACAAUGGCUCGGGAUGACGUUAGUAACAGCUGUAGGGUUUGUGGUCACAUUGUUCCUCAAGAGUUCUGGACCUCAGAUUACAGCAGCAAUUGCUGCCUUCUGUGUUGGGAUUACGGGUAAAUUGUAUGGCCGACUGACAGGACAGUUGAGUUAUGUACCAUUGUUGAGUGGGGUCUUGUUGUUGGUGCCUGGGAGUGUGGGAGUUCGAGGGAUCUUGGCGAUCAUUGGAAGUGAUCCAUCUCAAGGGUUCGUUUUUGUCUUGACUAUGAUUCAUGUAUCCGUAGCCAUCACUUUGGGCGUGUUCUGCUCAGCACUCGUCUGGUAUCCAUUCUGGCGCAGGAGUACUUUUAUGAACUUUUAA